AUGGGAAAUAAGAAGAGUGGGAUGAUCUCCAAGGAAAUCCUUGAGGAUCUGAAAAUGAACACAAAGUAUUCAGAGGACGAGCUGGUCAAAUGGUACGACACCUUCAAAAAACAGUGCCCCGAUGGGCGCAUUGGUAAAGCUGACUUUGAAAAGAUCUACGCCAAUUUCUUCCCCAACUCUGACCCCAAGGUCUACGCUCGGCAUGUCUUCCGAAGCUUUGACACCAAUGAUGAUGGGACUCUUGAUUUCCGGGAGUACAUCAUCGCAUUGCAUCUGACCUCAACGGGCAAAACUGACCUUAAGCUGGAAUGGGCUUUCUCGCUUUUCGAUGUAGACCGCAGCGGAGAGAUCAGCAAGAACGAAGUUCUCGAGAUAAUUGCAGCAAUAUUUAAGAUGAUUCCUCCAGAAGAACAGAAAGCCCUGCCUAAGGAUGAAAACACCCCGCAGAAACGGGCUGACAAGCUGUGGGCAUAUUUUGACAAGGGAGAUGCUGACAAAAUUGCUGAAAGGGAGUUUAUUGACGGAGUGAUGAAGAAUGAAGAAAUAAUGCACCUCAUCCAGUACACCCCCAAGUAAAAUAAAUAGGGGCUCCCAAGUUGGACAGGAAGCAAAAAAACAAGAGAUGUGAAAAAGGCGGCAUGUGAUGAACAGGCAGGGGUAAUUCAGUUAUGUGUCUGUUUUGUGUAUCAUAUGAAAGACAAAAUACAACUCCAAAACAGUGUUCUUUUUCCCCCUCCAAGUCCCACUACUUGUUCUGUUAGCAGUAGCAGUCAACCCAUAUUUAAUCUUGUGGUUUUCUAGAAUUCUUCAAUGAACAAUGGAAAGCAGUUUUUGUGAUCCUGAGUUGUAUUAUUUGUAGAAAGAAAGAAAAUAGCAAUAUGAUAAACUGUGGAAUUAAGAUCUCUUCAUUCCAAAAACCACC